AUGGCGUCUGGCACUCUGGCCGAGACGGAGCGUGUCAUACGCGAGAAGCUCGAGGCAUCCGGGCAAUACGGAAAGAUGCGUGCCAUGAUCAUGGAGGCGGCGCUGCAAACGGUCAGCGCCUCUGACCGCGACGACUCAGGCGCCCAUCAGCCGUUGGUGUUUCACCCCACCGUCGCGCUCGCGGAUGCCAAGCGGAACGGUAUCACAGAGCUGAGCAUUGUGCAAGAGUACCUGGAGUAUCUCGGCCUGCAGUACACGGCACGAGUGCUCCAGCUGGAGGCUGGAUUGCAAGGGGUGCCUUUGCGCACCAGCGAAGAGCUGCAGCAACAGCUGCACAUCGCAGCCAAUAAUCAACCCGGCCCUUGUUUGUCGGCACUGGUGCAUGGCGGGGCAACUGGGUUGGUACAGUCUACCCCUGCGACGGAGGCACCUGCUGCUGCUGCUGGGAAGGAGGGCACCAAGGCCGAGGAGGAGGUUGCUGAUGCUGCCUCCGACCACCACCAGCCUGGCGGUGAGAACACUACGUACUUCAUCUCCAAGUGGAAGAAGCGUCACUUCGUGCGCCACAAUCAAGUCUCCGGGCAGCAGUUGCAGAUCGAGUACCUGACGGAUUGCCACACGGUGGUACUAGAUGAGUUGGAUAGCAUGACUGUCGAUGACUGCGAGGGUGGCGAGCUGGUGAUUGCCGCGUGCGAGGGGAGCGUGUUCCUGCGCGGUUGCAAGAACAUGACGGUCCACGUGGCGUGCAAGCAGCUCCGCACCCGCGAUUGCGAGCACAUCAACUUGCACAUCUUUACCUCGACUGACCCCGUCGUGGAGAUGAGCCACCACAUCUCCUUCUAUCCAUUUCACUUGCGCCUACCAGGGCUGCAGCGGCUGUUUGCCGAGGCUCGGCUGGACCCCAAGGCGAACAGGUUUGUCCAUGUGUACGACUUCACACCGACGGAGCCGCAGCUGCCGACGCCGCACUUUGAAGUGCACUUCCCUGAGCACCACCUCUUGAUGGAGGAUCGCUACGCCAGCUACGGUGCCCCGGAGUGCCCACCUGAGAUCGAGGCGCUGCUGGCCCUGCGUCUAAUGCCGGCCGCCAGCUCAGAGUCCGGAAAGAACAAGAGCUACGACAUCCGGACGGGGGCGCAGUUGUGGGCGCAGGCAGGCCCAACGGCGGUUCCGACCGUUGCAGCGGCGGCGGCAGUAGGAGCUGCCACUGCUACGUCCGCCAACGCCCACGCGGAGAGCAGUGAUGACGAGGAGGAUGAGGAAGAUGAGGAGACGGGGUCUGACAGCGACCAAGCCGGCUUUUCGGCGCCGCAAUCGUCGUCGGCUUCGACGGCGUCGUCCUCCAAGCCAGAGGAGGAUGUUCCGGCAAAGAAGCGGGUGGCAGCAGAAUCAGCAAUGCAGCGCAUCGGCGGGCUGUCCACGGCACCCUCACUGGGCCCCACUCCCACUCUUGGUGCAGCAGCCCACACCGACACCCGAGGCGGCAUCGACAAGGAGGAGUACUCCUCCUUUGACGAUGGCGACGACGACAGCAACGCUGAUGACAAGUACGACGUGGAGGAAGAUGAGGAUGACUUUUAG